CCUUUUUUGCUUUUCUUAGAUUGCUUGCUCACGAGUGUAUUCUUUGAUUCACUUUUUUGUUUGAUUCUUUUGUAUUGUUACUUGUGAAAUACUCUUUUUUUGGAACCCUCUUUAGAUUGUUAAUCAUUUCUUUUGUUGAAUUUCAGCUUGGAUUGAACCUUAGAGAUAAUUUCUUGAUCUGGGUUAUGCGAUUGCUGGUGAAAACAAAGUUGUUGUACCCUACAAUUUAAAUAUAAAAAAACCAAUAAUAUGAGGGACCCCAAUUUGGUCAUUCGUUUCAAGAGGCCUCUGAAUUUUAUCUUCUAUGUAUUAUAGUUUGUAUGUGUUUGCAAAUUUGUAUACAUACAUUACUUCUCAUAUUUGUAAACCCGGCAAAUUGUUGUGUUGUUCAUAAUUUGGUGCGAAAAUCCGAGUAAAAUCUCGGAGAGGGUGUUUUGUGCAAAACAAAAUCUGGCGAGUUUGUAUAAAAUCCUGGCUUUGAGCCACCUCCAAUACUGUCUUAUAUGGUUUGCAAAGCAAUGGGGGUUAGAUGGAACACUAAUGGAAUCCAGUUAUCGUGUUUUGCGGUAUUGAUUCUUAUUUUGGAAAUUCAAGGGUGUUGGUCUCUUAAUCCUGAAGGAUUGGCAUUGUUGGAAUUCCGUGCAAGAGUGGAUUAUGACCCAUAUAGCGCCUUUUCAAAUUGGAAUUCCGAUGAUGAUGACCCAUGUAUGUGGUUCGGUGUUCAUUGCGUUGAUGGUGAAGUGCAAUAUCUGGAUCUCAAUGGACUUUCCUUGGCAGGGGAACUUGCCCCAGACCUUGGGAAGCUUUCUCACCUAAGAUCUCUUGUACUUUACAACAACCAUUUUUUUGGUACAAUCCCUAAAGAGAUUAAAGGACUUACAAAGCUGGAGGUAUUGGACUUGAGAAAUAACAAGUUGACCGGGACUAUUCCAGCAGAAAUUGGAGGACUACAGUCACUGAAACGCUUGUUGCUUUGUAACAAUAAUUUUGAAGGAGAAAUUCCUCUGGAGCUUGUGAAGCUCAAUUUACUCUCCGAAUUGCAGUUUGAUGAAAACCUUACGUCUGCUACGUCUGCUGGGAUUGGCUGCGUGAAUAGAAAGUUUGGGCACUGCAUCUGGCUGAGCGGUUUGAAACAACUAAAGAAAGUAGAUUCCUUCAUAAUCCCAAUUAAAGGGAGACUUAAACAUUACCUCAAUGUGUUGCCACUGUUUAAAUCUGGAGACGAUUCGUUGCAGAACCCUGCAUAUAAUUGCUGUGACAAUCAACCAGAUACGCAUGAGAUGCACACCGUCCAAAACAUACAAAAUUUAGUAAAUACCGUAAGACGAAGGCUACUUCAACAGUCGAGUAAUCUCGCGGCUGCCCCAGCUGUUGGCGGGUUCCCUUCUGCGGAGAGCAUUGCUCUUCCGGCUUCCCAUAGUAGUGGAUCUUUCCCCGCUGUACCGAAUGCGAAGAAAGGGCAAUUGCUUCCGCCUGUACCUUCUCCUACUGAUCCAUCGACCCAACAGAAUCACGAUGCAUCGAAUCCUGAUAGCCACCAGUCCUCUGGUUCAACUGUUAAGCCGGCUGAACAACCACCUUCGUCCGGUGGAAUUUCUGGGGAUACGUGGAAGUAUUUAGUUUUGAUUUCUGGCAUUGCUUUCCUACUUAGUGUUGCUGCUGUUAUGUUCUUUAUGUGUCGGAGCCGAGCAGUGGCGACUAUUGGCCCUUGGAAAACUGGACUGAGCGGACAGUUGCAGAAGGCAUUUGUUACAGGGGUUCCCAAACUGAAUCGGGCAGAGCUAGAAACGGCCUGUGAGGAUUUCAGCAACAUUAUUGAUACCGUUGAUGGUUGCACAGUAUAUAAGGGAACACUAUCAAGUGGAGUCGAGAUUGCUGUUGCAUCGCCUGCAAUAUCUUCUGCCAAAGACUGGUCAAAGCGCUCAGUACUGGCCUACCGGAAAAAGAUCGAUUCACUGUCAAGAGUAAACCACAAGAACUUCGUUAAUCUUAUUGGCUAUUGUGAGGACGAUGAACCUUUUACUAGAAUGAUGGUGUUUGAGUACGCUCCCAACGGAACCGUCUUCGAGCAUCUGCACGUUAAAGAAAUGGAACAUCUUGACUGGCACGCAAGGACAAGGAUUAUUAUGGGAACUGCAUACUGUCUUCAGUACAUGCAUGACCUGAACCCACCUGUGCCACAUUCCAAUGUGAAUUCAAAUGCGAUCUUUUUGACAGAUGAUUAUGCGGCUAAAAUUGCGGAGAUUGGUUUCUGGGCAGAGGCUUCUUCCAAGCAUAAAAAUUCAGGGGAAGGUGAAUCGGAACAUUCUGAACUGCCACCAAUUUCUGAUCCUGAAACAAAUGUCUAUGGUUUCGGAGUAUUGUUGCUUGAACUCAUUUCUGGGAAGCUCCCUUAUUCGGAUGAACAAGGGCCUCUUAUGAACUGGGCUGCUGAAUAUUUGAACGAUAGGCAGAAAUUCUGCAACAUGAUCGAUCCAACGUUGAAGUCCUUCAAAAACAAUGAGCUUGACAUCAUCUGCGAGGUAAUCCAAGAUUGCAUUCAACAAGACAUGAGGAAGAGACCAACCAUGAAAGAAGUCACUUCAAAACUGAGGGACGUGAUUGCUAUAUCACCCGAUGCAGCAACUCCAAGACUCUCUCCCCUCUGGUGGGCCGAACUUGAGAUCCUAUCCGCGGAGGCAGCUUAAAAUUCGCUUUGAAAUCUUUUUCAUUCCUUGUAAGUCAAGUCUAUCUCUUACCUUGUAUCAUUAUGCAAAAGAGUACCUUUUUGUGCACCCUCCUGACUAAAAAAAUCUAUCACUAGUAUUUUUAACUAUGUUUGUGUUGUGAUUAUUCGUUUAUUCCAUUCUUUUAUUGUUUGCUCUUGUUCGACUGCUACAAAGUUUGUUGUGUAAAAAUGAAUAAAAUGAGUUUGUGAUUUUAGUUCCAUGGUGAAGUCGCAAAUUUUCUAAA